AUGAGAUUUGGUGUCGGCGCUCUCACGGUGGCUUUGGCACUCUGUGGAGCCUCUGUGUCCACCACGGAAGCUUUCAGUGGUGUGGUUCGACCAUCCCCACGACGGGCUUUUGGAGUCGCAUGGAGUGCUGCUCCCACCAGCCUUGCUUCAGGUAUCAAAACUCGAUUUGUGAGCACUUCUGCUACUAGACGACAAUUGGCAGCUGGAGAUGACGAAGAAGAUGGAUACGAUGAACCACUCGCCAAAGGCGUGGAUUCCGUAUCAUGGCUUCCUACCGUAGCGGGAUCCAAGAUGGUGGAAACUAGUUCGGAUGGUGUUGAGGACGCCCAAGUCCUUCCCUUAUUUCCACUGGGUGGAAUUGUCUACACACCCAACUCGGAACACGUACUCAACAUUUUCGAACCACGCUACCGGUCCAUGUACAAUGACAUUCUCAUGAAUGGCACCAAACGCUUUGUCGUGAGCAUGUCGCAUCCCACUGAAGCCGGACGAUUCGCCCAAAUGGGUGUCUUGUUUGAAUUGCAAGAACUCAAAGAAGUCAGCGAACAAACCGCCGAUCAAAUCAAAUAUAUUUGCAAUCAUCGUGUCACGGGCCGGGUCAAGAUACAUCGGGUCCUCAAUCCGGAUGUCUGGGAAUCCCGAUCCACCUAUUUGCGUGUAGAAGGAACCAUUUUUGAUGACAGUGGACGUGACGAUGAGGAUGGUGAAGAUGAUGACGAAACAAGUGAGGCGGUGGAGGAAAAGAAGGACGAAUCCAUGGCCAACGAUGUCUAUGGAGCCGUGACGGCGGCGUUGGGAAAGUAUUAUUCCAAGGAAGAAAAGUCGCUCAAGGAUGCCUUUGGGGAUCUGGUGGAGAUUCAACAUGAACUGGAAGAAGAUGUACGAUUCACCAAAGCAUCCGUCCUGAGUCUGGCCGUCAAACCAGGACCAGGAAAGGACGGAUUGUGGCAAACGGUGCGCCUCUGGCAGAGCUUUGCCGAUCAACGCUUAAUGGCACGUCAGAAUGAUCUCCAAAAGGACUUUCAAGAGAAAUUGCAAGAAUUCCUCAAGAAAGAAAAGGGACUCAAGGAUGAGGAGCUUCCAAGUGCCAUUGGAUUUCAGGAUUUGUCGCCAGGUCUGCAGCAGGAAGUACAAGAUCUGCAAAAGCGCAUGGCAGUGGAGCUGCAACCCUUGGUUCUCGAGUCGACACUCACCAUGCAAAAGCUGCUAGAAACAGAAAGCCAUGAGGCUCGAUGCAAGUUGCUACAGUUCUUUGUGGAAGCCGAACGGAAACGACUGGCAACCAAGAAAUCAUUGGCAGGAAUGUUUGCUGGUGAAACAGCUGGCUCAUCGGCUGAUAUUCCAGAAGAAGAACGGCUAGGACCAUCGUCGUCGUCAAAAAGCAGUAGUAGCGACGACAGCAGCGCAUCGUCCAAAUCAAUACUCACAGAUGAGCCAGAUGCAUGGGGCUAA